GGGAGAUCGGACCAAUCCAAGACCAAUCCUGUGAUCAGCAAUUUCCAUAGACCACAUCUUCACUAUGAUUCUCCUCAUCUCUACUCGGUCUUUACAGUCCUCCACUGUUCUCGUUCGUUGUACCACGGAAUAAAUUAUCAUGAUCCACCAAUUGGACUUUUAAAUUGUUGCUUGCAGUCAAUUUCAAACAUCGUUGGUCUAGUUGCAUAAGUGGUCUAUGCAUUCGGCUGCCGAUUCCUGUGAUUGAGACAUGUGAGACAUGUCAUGUUAGUGACAUCAUACCUGGGGGAGAACUGCAAGAGCAGCAAUUGUGUGAAGAGUAGUUGAUUAGAAAGCCAAUAACUAGAAUUGUUAGUUGAUUGCUCAUGAUGGAAACUGUCAAAGUUGACCAAAAACCGAGAGUGAUUGUUCUUGGAGGAUGUGGUUUUAUCGGACGGAACCUCGUAGAAUAUUUACUGGAUAAGGAGCUGGUAUCUUACAUUCGAGUAGUUGACAAAGUACCACCGCAAACUGCUUGGCUUAAUGAACAUCAUCAGAAGAUAUUUGAGCAUCCUUUGCUUGAAUUCAGAAGUGCUAACCUUAUUAAUUCCGUAUCUUGCAAAAGUGCAUUUGCCAGCGAUCAACCGAUUAACAUUGUAUUCAAUUGUGCUGGAGAAACAAAAUAUGGCCAGACCGACCCUGUUUAUAAAGAAGGCAUUCACAAACUCAGCAUCAACUGUGCACAGGAAACAGCCAAACUCCACGCAGAUAGAUAUGUGGAGAUAUCAUCGGGACAUCUUAGUUCUUCUGAUAAGAUACCACAUAAAGAAGAUGACAGCGUUGAUCCAUGGACGUUUAUAGCAAAGUACAAGAUCCAAGUAGAACACGAUUUGUCAAAUAUACCUGGGUUAAAAUACACAAUCCUUAGACCAGCCGUCGUCUAUGGGCCUGGAGAUCGGAAUAGUUUGGCACCUCGCCUUGUUGUGGGCGCAGUUUAUAAACAUAUAGGAGAAAUGAUGAAGCUACUCUGGGGACCGGACCUUCGAAUGAAUACUGUGCAUGUGCGAGAUGUUGUAAGAGCCAUGUGGCAUGUCACUAGUCGAUCAGAUACUAUUGGCCAAACUUACAACCUUGUGGACGAAUCUAAUUCUACGCAAGGCUCUAUCAGUGCUAUCAUUUCAGAGUUGUUUAACAUAAAUCAUGACUAUUGGGGAACAGCCUUGUCAACUCUAGCCAAGGCUGAUAUGACCACCGUCGUAGAGGAGGUGAACGAUAAACAUAUGAGCCCAUGGGCAGAUGCCUGCAAUAAAGAUGGAGUUGAAAACAGUCCACUGUCUCCAUAUAUCGACAAAGAACUACUCUAUAACAAACAUCUGUACUUACAACCUGGAAAGUUGUCUUCUACCACUGAUUUCACUUACCUCUAUCCCAAACUCAUUAAGGAGUCUCUGAAGGAGGUUGUUGAUGAUUAUGUAGCCAUGAAGAUUUUCCCACAUUCCUUGGUUCUGUGAUGAACGUUAUGAUAGUUUGCUGGGACAACGCGUAGAAGCUUAACGUUGAAGUCGUCCAAUUGUUAAUCUCAUACUUGGGUCGACCAUACGCAGCCCCCAUAAACCCCAUGACUGGUUCAACAUCAUGUCUAUGGAUUAUCACAUCAACGUUUUCAUUUGAAAAUAUCACACGAUUCAUGAAGGUGUUCCUAAAUACGACUGUAACGAAAAUUGGUAAUUUAUUUUGAAAAUGUUCUCAACGACACGAUGACACAUCAUCCCAAAAACUAGGAAAGUCGUAGCAAACAAAUUUUGGACUAAGCAAUAUUCUGAAGCAAUUAUUGGCUGGUUAAGCUUAUUAUAAUAGUUUUGAUAAGCGUAAAUUCGUUAUCCAUGUUAUGGAUAAUAACUAAAUGUUGCUUCCUUUUCUGUCAGGAAAAGAUCAACUCUUAUUGAAAGAUUUCACAACUGAAGAUAUCUAAUAUCUCGCUUGCAUUCAUAUAACUUACAUCGAAGUUCUAUUGAAAAACACACAGAAAAAUAAAAAAUUGCUAAUUUUAAUCUACAAAGAUGAAAACUACAGACAGGUGGGUUCAUUAUUGAGAGAAAGCGACAAUUAACAGGUUUGAUAAACCUUGAACACGAAUAUGUAUUUUUGUGAUCUUAUUGUUAGAAAACUUUUGUUCCCCUAUGUCGAUUUUUCAGAGUGUCGCAUUUUUGAUAUGACAAAUAAAUUGUAUAAGUGCAUUUGA